UUGUUGUACAAGUUAACUAAGCUGACCUUCGGUGCCGGGGAGCAAGGACGACAAAAUGGGUAACAUUGUCCAAAAUGCUUCUAAUUUUGGUGAAUUCCCAAAGGAAUUCAACCCCCGAAUCCAUGGCGCUUACCAAGCUGAUAGAUAUUACGGAACACCUGACAAACCAUUCUCAACAUUGAAGCUUGGUGAGGUGAUUCCUUGGAUGAAGAGGAGGGACGCUUCACUGACAGGGACUGCUAGAUUCUUCUCAAGAAAACUAUAUGGUCAUCAAUUGAGGUGGCAUUUAUGUGCGAAAAACAGGGGAGUUGGUGUAGUCCAUUUCGCUCUUUUCUUCUCCUUCUUGGGAAUGUUACGCUGCUGGAAUCAUGAUCGUCACGUUGAUGACAUAAAAUUUCAUUACACAAGUGAAAACAAAUUUCAAAUAAAUGUCUAGUGUUUAAUUCUGCUU